CACCAUUUUUUUAUCCAGCAGAUUUUAUCUCUCUCUUAGUCGACACGUCAGCUCGCCUGCAAGCAACCAAAAUAACCCCCAAAAAAAACGAAGCAAAAAAAAAAAAAAAAUCAGAGAGAGAAAAUCCCACGAUGUGGGACUGGCUGCAUUCGUGGUGCUGUUCCCUCCCAACCACACGCCAAAAACCGCCCAAUCAGAGCCCUCUCCUCACCGCCGCCGCCGCAUCGCGCCCUAGCUGCAUCUCCUUCUCCGCGAUGCUGAUUUCGUGGCUCAAUCGCCGCCGCCGGAGGUACCUCCUGCUGAUCCUCUGCAGCCCCCUCCUCGUGCCCCUCCUCUGCGCGACGUGCCCGAUCAUCUGCGCCGCGGAGCUCUGCUUCCUGAUCUCGCGGCGGCGGAGGCGGAAGGCGGCGGCGGAGGCGGGGAGGGGAAGAUCCGGCGAUGGCGGCGGAGACGAGGUAGGGCUGCUGCAGAGGUAUUUGGAGGAUCAGCUGAUGCUGGUGUGGGGAAAUGAUGAUUUGGGGGAAGGAGGAGGGGUCGAUGUCGAAUGUUUUGAAAGAGCGGGGGCUGUUUUGCAAUAGAGUUGUUUCUUUUUGCUCUUUUUGUAUAUGUGAUAGUCAACGCAACAGUAGUGAAAACGAAGUUUCUUAAUUUGACAAUGUUUAUUCCA